AUGUCUGCUCCAAUUAACAAGGAAAAAGUUGAACAAGAAGAAGAAAAGAUCCACAAGAUCAGAAUCACCUUGACUUCCACCAAGGUCAAGCAAUUGGAAAACGUCUCUGCCAACAUCAUCAGAAACGCUGUCCAACAUGACUUGGUCAAGAAGGGUCCUGUUAGAAUGCCAACCAAGGUCUUGAAGAUCACCACCAGAAAGACUCCAAAUGGUGAAGGUUCUAAGACCUGGGACACCUACGAGAUGAGAAUCCACAAGCGUGUCAUUGACUUGCAAGCCCCAGCUUCCACCGUCAAGAGAAUCACUCAAAUCACCAUCGAACCAGGUGUGGAUGUCGAAGUCACCAUCGCUGCUUAA